CCACCAUGCAUGUAUGAUUUGAUAACAAUAGAUUAAUACCAUAGCCCAAGUGCGUGGCACAGAAAGGUGAAGCAAUGGCUGUGUCCUCCACCACUGCCACAGUAUGUAUUCCUGCUAAGAACAUUCCAACCAAUCAAGCACCAAAAAUUGGAUUCUCAAGUACCAUCGCCUUUGCUGCGAAACCGCGAAGAAGAUUAUUACGCAUCAGAAGCUCCUCAGCCGAAACAUCUGGCACAGAGGUAGAUUCAGAGACUUCCAUUGAAGUUCCAGAAGAAACAUCAUCACUCAUUUCUGCUCUUAACGUCGAAAAGAUUCUCCGUGGCUUACCAAUUACAGAUGCAGAUCAUUAUGGUAGGCUAGGUAUUCCAAGAGGAUGUCCCUUUGACUUGGUGGGGGGUGCAUAUAAUAUCAAGGUUCAAGAAUUGAAGAGUCAGAAUUUAGAGGAGGAUGAACUUGAGAAGAAAUUGGAACUUCUCAAAGAAUCAUACACCAUCCUGUCAUCGGAGGAAGAAAGAAGAAUAUAUGACUGGAGCUUGGCCAGAGCAGAAAAUACAGACAAAUUCGUUUGGCCGUUCGAGGUUGACAUAACACAGUCAAAAAUUUCAAAAGAAGAUCCUCCACAACUGGACCCCGAGGAUGUCGGACCAACGAGAGUGGUUGGGUAUUUCUUAUUGGGAUGGAUAAUGCUAUCUAUUGUGUUAUCUAUUGCACUAAACUUGUAAAGAGAAAGACCAAUUCUACAAUGUUUUAAGUGAGUUUGGAGUAUGGAUUUUUUUUCCUUUUAUAUGAUAUGAAAGGUAAUUUUUGUUUUUAUCCAUUUUUGUGCAUUUGAAGAUAAAACUCAUUUUAUA